CACCUUGGAUAUUCAAUCAGACGUUAAUAUCGCAAGCCUGCACUGUAACUGUAAGUACUUCUUUUCUCCUUUAGGUAUGCAGGCGUGCCGAAAACUUUGGCUUAUUAGGAUUACAUGCUUACUAAUUUUGAUUGGCGUCUCGUUGUGCGCCAGUGAUAGCGACUUCUUCCGCGAUAACUUCGAUGGACUACCACUCGGAGCCGAGAAAUGGGUUGUUUCUCAUGGGGAAUUCGAACCAUUCAUGGACAACGCUACAAGGCUGAUAUCACGAGAAAACGUACAUGUUGAUAAUCGAGGUCUGCACCUGAUCACUUCAAACCAACUCGACGCUUCCCGGUUUAUCCUCAGCGGUGCCGCUAUAGCAACUAUUCCCACUGUCCGUUACCGCUCUAAAACCGAAUUAGCCCUGCGGUGUAAAUUUCCGCGUGUCCGAUACGUGUUCUCGACCAUAAUGCUCGGGCCAAUCAUUGUCUGCACCACAGCAAGCUGCCUGCAGGACGCGGGACAACAAAUGAUCGAUCUUCAACAUUUCAAAAAUAGCCAGAACCAAUCGGUUUUGAGAGCGUCCGUGUAUUAUUUGGACAAUGCAAACGGUAGCCAUACCGUAAGUGCCAUGAAUGUCAGUUCUCUAGAUUUGUCGCGAGACUAUCACACACUCAGACUGGUUUGGCUAAACUGGAAUUCCAUCAGCUGGCUAUUAAACGAUGACCUCAUUAUGCACUUGGAGCUGCCGAAUUUCAAAGGGUUCCCUGCACUGCGGAUCUAUCUGACGCUGGCACCUAAUCCACUGGCGUAUCCUGAAGACGAUAUGAUGGCAAGCUACCACAGGGACAUACAGGCAGAACCAAAAGACGAGUGGUCCUUUGACUACAUUGCCGUGUGCAAUUCCACGUGCAAGCCCAGAGCUCCUAGAUUGCUCAUGAGUGUGGAUGAAAUGAAUGGUGUUGGGGAACAUGCGUUAUGGAUAGCCUUAGGUGUUGUAAUCCCGAUAUCUGCGGUAGCGUUAAUAGUAUGCGGGAUAGUCAAGAACAGGAAACGGUUGCUACGUCGAGAUAAAAUGAAACCGUCGGUCAACCGAUUUCAUGGCAGUUUCUGUCUAACGGGCAAUUUAGGUGGCAUUCAGACGGGAUCAUUUUGCCUUGAUUAUCCCGUGGAACUAGAAAAGUACGUUAAUCUUUUGGAAGUCCCAUUAGCCCAUGUCCAUAUCACCAACGAAAUUCUGGGUCAGGGCAAAACUGGUGUGGUGUGCAAAGGCCUGGCCAGGGAUCUGCAUGGAAAAUUCGCCACCAUGGAAGUUGCAGUUAAAACCAUUAGAAACGCUCACGAUCCGCGCCAGAUCCGUCAACUUACACAGGAAAUUGAGGUUAUGGCACAUGCCGGGCGCCAUUUGAAUAUUAUAAAUCUUCUUGGGAUAGUAGUGAAAGGAAAAUUACUUUUACUGAUGGAGUACGCGCAGUUUGGAUCACUACUGAUGUUUUUAAAAUCUUACCGGCAUCUGGAUGAGGAGAUCCAUCUUGGCGACGCGCGGACGUUGGGAGUUCCGUUUGAAACCCAUCAGUCGGCGAAUGAAGAACAGCACGGAAACGGUCAGCAUUUGUCCAGUGGCGUGCAGCUCAACUUUGCUUACCAAAUCAGCAGAGGAAUGGAAUAUUUGAGCAAGAGAUCCAUUGUUCAUCGGGACUUGGCAGCGCGGAAUGUUUUGAUCUGUGAGGGGCUAAUCACCAAAGUUUCAGAUUUUGGAAUGGCAAAAAAAGGCGCACCACUUUCCCACUUUGAUCCAGAGGAAGAACUGCCGCUGCGCUGGAUGCCACCGGAAGCCAUGAUCAACCGGAUGUUUUCCGAGAAAUCGGAUGUGUGGUCAUUCGGAGUGGUAGUUUGGGAGAUCUUCAGCCUAGGAGCCGUACCAUAUGGCGGCACUGUGACUGCUCGUAAUAUAUCCGAUUUUCCAUCUUUCCUGAACGGUGGAUUACGUUUAGAAAAACCAGAAGCAUGCCCGCCUGUUAUUUACGAUCUGGCGUGUCGUUGUUGGAGCUUGACAUCCGGAGAACGACCCACCUUCGCCCAACUCUCGGAGAGUCUGCGCCAUAUUUCUUCCGUUAGAUCAGAAGAAGACUACCUGCCAUUGGAUGACCCAUAUACCCUGUUUAACGAAGAAUAUCACGUUCUGUUAAGGGAAAGUACAGACAUUUGUGAGCCCGCUAUCAAGACGGACGGCAGUGCCUGAUAGAGGAAGCGCUUUCUUAAACAUUGGGUUUAAUUCCUUUCUAAAAGAUGCUGCUGUUUUGCACAAUGGAUAAAAUUUGUUUGCUAUGCAAGUUUUGUGUUGUGACGAAGCGGCAUGGCAGCAGUGGUUGCCGUUGUGGCUGUCAGAUGUGCUGUGGUGACAUUUAGUCUGCGUUUGAGCAGCUUCCUGGCUGCUAAUAUACUGUGCGCCAUGUCGUGACAUGUGUACUCUUUUAGCACGUCGACUUUUUUGCAGCCGUCCUACGCGUGCACUUGUUACGGUUUUUGCUAAGUUCUUGGUGCGUGCGUGCGCUAUUCCAAAGCGAUAUCAUUCUCACUUAUCCUUAAAAUUAGUUAUCUUCAGAAAUUUUUGCUCACACUACUGAUGGA